GUUGUAGCCCGCACCCGGAAGACGAAGACAGAAUGCGAGUUGUUCAAGCGCUUGACGCCGCAUCCAUAUGCUCCCCCCCAAAACACGUUUUCAUGUGAAUUUCCUAUUUUUUAAAUGCUCUUAUCAUUUUCCACGAUGUUAUCGUUUGAUUUCCUUGAUGACGUGCGUCGCAUGAACAAGCGACAGCUCUAUUACCAAGUGCUAAACUUUGGUAUGAUAGUUUCAUCGGCUUUGAUGAUCUGGAAGGGUCUGAUGGUGGUCACUGGCAGCGAGAGUCCCAUCGUUGUCGUUCUCAGUGGUAGUAUGGAGCCGGCUUUCCACAGAGGAGACCUUCUCUUCCUCACCAACCGCGUGGAGGACCCCAUCCGGGUGGGAGAAAUCGUGGUCUUCAGGAUAGAAGGCCGAGAGAUCCCAAUAGUACACAGAGUCUUAAAACUUCAUGAAAAGGAAAAUGGAGACAUUAAGUUCUUGACCAAAGGGGACAAUAACGCUGUGGAUGACCGAGGUCUAUACAAACAGGGACAACACUGGCUGGAGAAGAAGGAUGUGGUGGGACGAGCGCGGGGGUUUGUGCCAUACAUUGGAAUCGUCACCAUCCUCAUGAACGACUACCCCAAGUUCAAAUACGCCGUUCUCUUCAUGUUGGGUCUCUUCGUGUUGAUCCACCGGGAGUGAAGUCUAUGUCCAGGAAAGAGAAGAAGAAAAAAA